AUGUAUCAGGGCUUCCCCGGAGACUACGACUCCACCUCCCGGUGCAGCUCGUCCCCCUCGGCCGAGUCCCAGUACCUCUCCUCGGUGGACUCCUUCGGGAGCCCCACCGCCGCCGCUGCCGCCUCCUCGCAGGAGUGCAGCGGCCUUGGGGAAAUGCCCGGAUCUUUUGUGCCAACAGUGACCGCUAUAUCCACAAGCCAAGACCUCCAGUGGCUGGUGCAGCCCACCUUGAUUUCCUCAAUGGCUCAGUCUCAACAGCAGCAGCAGCAGCAGCAGCAGCAGCAGCAGCCUUCGGGGCCACAUCCACCCCCAGUGGACCCCUAUGACUUGCCCGGCCCCAGUUACGCUGCCCCAGGAAUGGGUGCCUAUGCGGCUGGCCCUUCGACUGUCCCUGUGGCUGCGACCACUCCGCCUCGGUCCAGCAGGGCCCGGCCCCGAAGAACACGGGAAGAAACGCUGACCCCCGAGGAGGAAGAGAAGCGCCGGGUCCGCAGGGAGAGGAACAAGCUGGCGGCUGCCAAGUGCCGGAAUCGACGUCGAGAACUGACCGACCGGCUUCAAGCGGAGACGGAUCAGCUGGAGGAAGAGAAAGCUGAGCUGGAGUCGGAGAUUGCGGAGCUGCAGAAGGAACGGGAGCGGCUGGAAUUUGUCCUCGUGGCUCACAAGGGCAGCUGCAAAAUCCCCUACCAGGACAUCACGGAACUGAGCGGGCAGCCCGGCCCCUCGGCAGAGGUCAGCGCCCUGGCCAUGCCGGUCAAGGAGGACCCCUUUGGGCCCUCGGCCUCCUACUCCUCAGUGCCCCUGCAUUACCAACAGGCCCUGGGCGGACUCCCGGCCACAGCCCUGGCCCCGGCGGAGGUAGCGUUUUCUAGUUCUUACUUUAGCCAUGGUGAAGAGCUGACCGACCCGUACCCGGUUAACCCUUCCUAUACGUCUUCGUUUGUGUUCACCUACCCAGAGGGAGCCACCUGCGGAGCCAGCCACCAGCGGAACGGCAGCAGCGACCACUCCCCGGACUCUCUGAACUCUCCCUCGCUCCUUGCUUUGUGACACUCAAACCCACAACUUGCGCCUUUGGGUCUAGCCAGCCAGCCCACCCACCCCUGCCAAUGCUGGGCUGGGCGAAGGGGGCCGGAGCCCCAAUGCGCCUGGGCACACCGCUACCACCUGGGAGCCUCUAACCCGCUCUGCUGCAACUGCAGCCACCGCCUCUAGCCCUUGCGAUGCGUUCUCAUUCCCUCCUUGGGGGUACAGCACACGGUGGAGCCAAUGGUUGUCCUUUGGCCCUCUCCUCGGCCGAUUCCCACAUCGAGAGGAGAAAGGAGGAUGUUUCUGGGCUGUGAGUUGGAUCCCCCUACCCAGAGAGCGCCCAGCCCACCUUUUCUCCUGGAAACAGGAUUUGCCUUCUACUGAAUUGGGACGCUUGGUGGAUCUGGACGAUGCCGUUUCCCUCCACACUUCAUCACUGUUUCUGUCAAUGAGGGCUGUGCCAAGGGGCUGCCCUGCAGAGAGGAAAACUUAAGGGGGAAGGCCCUCCCUGUGCUGCCCCCACCCAGCUCAUGUGUUGUGGUGGCUUUGUGAAUGUGUUAACUGCAUGGUUUUAAAACAGGCACUUUAUCGCUUUUGCUAGUCAGCUUCGCAUCCUGAGUGUUGGAUCUCUCAGGCUACAAUUCUACAGGAUCUGCUUCCUCUAGGAUGAAAAUUCCACAUUAAAUGGCCAAUCAGGGCAGACCUUUUAUGGAUUAUUUGGGCACAUUCCUGCUGAAAGCUUUUGUCAUAUUAAAGUGGGCCAAACUGUUGCAGCCUUGCUUUUUAAUCGCCCGUGGACUUCUGCAAAUUGUAAGGCUGCUCUUGGGCAUUGGAUUCUUUGAGGUCAGGGUGAUAUUUCUUUGGUGGGCAUUCAACUCUCCCUGAAACCUUCAACCAAGCAAAUUAAUUGUGCCAUCAAGUCAGUGUUGAUUUUUAAAGAUCUAUUUCAGUUUCCAGUUUUGGAAAUGGGAAUGAUGGGUGAUACAAAAAACACUUUAUCUGGGAGGAAACUUUUGAGAAGCCAAAGGAAAAUGGGACCUGCAAAAAACCCCCAAAGCAGCUGAGAUUUUUCUUCCACUGCUGUUGUAGGUGGGCUGGCUGGCCACUCCCUGCCAGGCCCAGGCGGUGCUUCCAGUGAGUCCAUCCACCCAGCAGGCUUGACUAGUGGACUUUCUGCAUUCCCUGGAAGGGAUCCACUUCCCUUUGGCCACCUCCCUUGCUCGGUUUCUUUGACUGGCUUCCAGGAGGGAUGGGGGGUGGGGUGGGUCUGGGUGACAAAUACUGUGAAGGGACCUCUGCAAGUGACUGCUUUCCCUGCAGUUGGGAACUAGGUUUCUGCUUCCUGACCUUGGCCAGCUGGACCUCAAACUCAUUGCAUUCUCCCACUUAGGACGGUCAGCUGCUGCCCCUCUGCUCUCAGGCCAGGCUUCUGGGCUGCCCAGCGGUCCGAAAGGGGUCCGUCUCUGCUGCUUUAGACUGGUAGUUUGGAGUGUGACCGCUUCAAUUGCUCACUGCCUCCCCCACCUCUGGCCUAAUCACACUGCUGCUUUUCCAGACCUGGUUCUCCUGGCCAGGGGGCUUUCUUGCCCCACCCUGAGGCCUCUUCCCCCCCCCCGACCCAAGCUGUGCCAAGUGCACCUUCUUUGAGAGCAUCAGCCCUUCUGAGCCUCCCCCCCAGGGCUGCUUUCCAUUUUGUGCUGGGGGUCCUCAGCUACUCUGCAUUUGUGGGGUGUUUUGUGCAGCCUGCUCUGUUCUGUGCCUCUGGUUAACCUCCCCUCGAGUGUGUUUCUGGACUGAGAAAGCUGCUGUGCUGCUUCUUGGCUCCCCAGAGCUCGCCAUGAUGCUAUACAGAAUGUUUCCAAAACUUUUUCUUGUGACCAAGCUUUGGAUGUUGUGCGGUUUUUUUUAUUAUUUUAUUUUUUUAACCUAUGGACUUUUAUUUAACCAGCUUUUUUAAAAAAACAAAAGAAAACAAAACAGAUCCUUGCCGGGGUUGGGGGAAUAUUUUUAUUUUUAAUUAUUGUUAUUUACCCCUUUGUGCUGUAAUAUUUUUUUGUGAUGUAUUUGAUGAAGCAAUCCGAGGGCCAGUAGAGGAAGGCGAAGUUUGGCCCCUGCUUUGGCCCUCCUGUCCUGCACUUAACUGGUCAGCAAAAUAGCAAAUAAACACAGCUUUGAAAAAGA